AUGACUUCAAAGACGAACCAAGACAGCGCAAAGGAUGUCCCACAGGAGCACCAUGUGCACAGGACAGGCUCAUGGCUUCCAGCGGAUCACCGCCAUGUCAGAGACUGGAUAUCAGACAUCAUAGAACACAUCGAUAAAAACCCCAAGGACCUUCAUCCAGUCGUCAAGGAAUUCAAAGACCUCAUUGAGAACAACACCAGGAUUUACCUUCUCGUGAACGCAAUGUUUGAGGAAGUGCCACAGAAGAAGCCCUACAUAGAGGACCCUGUAGGCCACAGGCAGGUGCGAGACUAUCAGCAUAUGUUGGAGUUGUUCAACUACCUUCUCACAACCGCGCCUUCCUGGAACGAUAGGGAGUACUCUGUCGGCAUGGUUGGCACACCGUUUAAUGCCAUCAUUGACUGGCCCAUGGGAACUCCCAGUGGUUUUGCCUUCUUCCUCGACCCUGAAGUCAACAAGAUGUUAAAGAAGACGCUGAACGCGUGGGGGGAAUUUCUGAGCUCCCCCGAUUCUGCCUACGUUCUUGGAGACGACUCAAGCGGAUGGUUCAGCAAGCACGGCACAGAAGAUCUUGCCAUAACAGCAAAUGUUGGUCAGACCAACUACAGCUUCGAUGAAAUCUUCAAGUGUGAGCCUUCUAAGAAGUACAAGGGCUACACGUCUUGGGAUAGUUUCUUCACCCGCGCUGUUCAGGAAGACAAGAGACCUGUCGCCUCGCCAGACGACGACAACGUCAUUGCUAACUGUUGCGAGUCGAAGCCAUACAAGGUCGCAAGGGACAUCAAGGCACGCGACACGUUCUGGGCGAAGGGGCAGCCAUAUUCUCUGAACGACAUGCUGUCGCAAGACCCACUCCACGAGAAGUUCAUCGGCGGCACGAUCUAUCAGGCCUUCCUCUCCGCUCUGAGUUAUCACCGCUGGCACUCGCCCGUUAGUGGUAAGAUCAUCAAGUCAUACAAGGUUGACGGAACAUACUUCUCCGAGCCACUCUUUACAGGCAUCGGUGACCCGCAGGCAAAGGGCAAUAUGGAUUCCGCAGGCGAGAAGACAGGCCAGGGUUACCUCACUGCCACAGCAACCCGAGCCAUCAUAUUCAUCGAGGCCGACAACAAGGAUCUUGGGCUCGUAUGCUUCCUAGGUAUCGGUAUGACCGAAGUCAGCACGUGCGAUACUACAGUAAACGAAGGUGACCAUGUCAAGAAAGGAGACCAGCUUGGUAUGUUCCAUUACGGCGGAAGCUCACACUGCGUCAUUUUCCAAAAGAGCGUUGAGUUGGAAGGCUUCCCUAGUACUGAGGAUCCUGAGCACAACGUACCCGUGCGAUCGAAGCUGGCCGUGGUUAAGAAGAAGUAG